ACCGGCCGGUUCGAUACAUUAUCCAUCAUCAGUCGACCGUAGUGCCGCUAGUUGACGUCGGUUGAAACACCAGGCCAGGCGAGUUAUACGUCCAGAAGAUUAGCUCAGCAUGGUUAUCACCCAGAGAUUGACACCCGAGUCUUUCGUUCGUCUGCCUCGGCGAGGUGUCGUGGUGCCAAACAGGGACGGUACUCUGGGAUUGUACAAUGUUUCGACAUACGAGUCUGGGAAGGGCACCAGGAGGGAGUGGAGGGUGAUGGAUAUUGACUCGGGCAGUUCAUGGCUGUUGACGGAUGAUGACAAAGUCCACGACGUGAAGUGGCUCCCCGACCACGACGGAACGAUUGCUUGGCUGAGGUCUGCCACCAACGGGUUCACUCAGUUAGCCGUCGUUUGCAUCGGCAAUACCGGAGAGCUGAAAGAUCACUAUACCGCGGCCGAAUUCGACGCUCCCGUUCAACACUUGAAGCUGAAAGGUCUUGACGGCUGGGUCGCCUUCGCUGUUGUGGGUCUGGCCGGCAAAGAUGGCAGUUUGUACAACGAAGAGACCACUGGGAAGAUGUCCACGGCGAGGAUAUACGAUGAUCUCAACGUUCGCGGGUGGGACACAUACAUCAAGCCGAGGAGGCACGCCAUCUUCUACUCAGCGCUGGUCACAGGAGACGACGGCAGGCUCACAGUCGCCGGCCCGCUGCGAAAUGCGGUUAGGCGGCAGGAUCUCGAGGCUCCCGCCGGCAUGUAUCAACCUGAAGAUCCUGCUGAUAAUUACGACCUAUGUGAAAAGGGGAUCGUCUUCGUCGCUUGUGACCCGAAGCCCGUCCACCCUCGACAUCAUGCUACUUCGGACGUCUACUUCGUCCCUGUGGACUCCUGGACUGCCAUGGUGGCUUGCAGGCCGGUAAAACUCACCAUGCAAACCGAUCAUGUCGUUGGCUAUGCAUCCAACCCUCGCUUUUCCCCGGAUGGCUCCAUGGUUGCUUACCUCAAAAAGCCGUUUGCGAAUCCGGCCGACACCCGGCUCUUGAUGGGCCACGUUAGCUCGCUGUCAUCGUUUGACGUGUGGAAAAUGUGCAUUGGUUCCGCUUGGGACCUGGCGCCUUCGAGCUUUGAGUAUUCGCCGCACGGUCAAUCCGUCCUCAUCCUAGCUGACGACUGCGGCCGCCGAGCCCUGUAUGAGCUUGAGUUGCGCUAUCAUGCAGCGCCAAGACUGCUUAUGGGAAGACCAUCGGUACACGGGUAUCAUCUUCUCAACAACGGCAAUGACGGUGUGCAGCUCCUGGUGUCGGCUUCGAGCAUGCUGGAUAACAGUGUAUACAUGGUCAUUGAUACCACUCUGGCGUCAGAGCCCCGGGUCAUAUCAUCAGCAACAAGACACGGCCAGAAACUCGGCCUGUCGCAUAGCCAGGUUUCCGAGAUCUGGUUUGCGGGGUCGGCGGAAAGCUUUGUUCAGGGAUGGCUCACGAAGCCAAGCAAUUUUGACCCAGAGAAGAAGUGGCCAGUCGUUCUGCAAGUCCACGAUGGUCCCGAGGACGCAGCCAGGGAUGAGUGGCAUUGGAGAUGGAACAGUGUUCUCUGGGCGGAGCAAGGAUAUGUCGUUGUUUGUCCCAACUUCACAGGAAGCGUUGGCUUUGGAGUCGGCUUUAAUGCCAGAGCCUACGGUUCAGGGCUAGACUACCCCUAUCAAGAUUUGGUCAACUGCCUGGAGUCCCUUGCCGAGAUACCUUACAUCGAUACAGACAGGGCAGUCCUAGCAGGAGGUGGUUAUGGUGGCUACAUGGUGAACUGGAUCAUGGGACAGCCUCUGGCCAAGAAGUUCAAAACCAUGAUCUGUCACGGGCCCGUCUUCGACACGCGGCUCCUACAGCUGUACCAGGACGGGGUAAACGAGAGAAACUCGGAAGACUUGGAGAAGUGGAACCCUGCGCGGCCGGAUCUGCUGAGGAACUGGAAGGACGCACCGCCCGUGCUCGUUAUCCACGGCGACAAGGAUUACCGGUACCCGGUCACGGAUGGGUUGUCGGUCUUCAAAACGCUGCAGGGUCUCGGGGUUCGGAGUAGGUUCUUGAGCUUCCCCGACGAGGGCCACUGGGUUAUCAACCCGGAGAACGCUCUGGUCUGGCACAGGACAGUGUUUGAAUGGAUGGAGCAAUGGGUGGGGAAAGGCCCCACGGGAACGGAAGGAUGAAAUGCUAAUACUCUGGAACCAUUUUCCUUCCUGGAUGACAUUUGCUUAUGGUUAUCAAGGGAAAUCCCGUACAGAAGAUACGAAAUUAGAAAUGAGAAGCGUGUUGGUAUGUACAAGGGGCCAUGGUUGGGAUUUUCGAGCUACGUAGUCCAAAGUUAAUGUCUUUUGACUUGAUGUGUACGGAUCGAUCCGUAAUGGUCCCCCAAUCUUGCCCUCCCACAGCUGCAGACCCUGCAGACGCCCCGCCGCCUUAACGGGCACUAAGCAGCGAAAGCACGCUGCAGAGACUGCCCCACAAACGUCGUUACGGGGCACUAACAAAAUAAUUGU